CGCACGUGUUACCUUGGUGUUCCAUGUGAUUCCGUUAUUAAGUGGCCGGUCCGUUUAACAUAAGAUCGUACGGCUUCAAAGUGCUCCAACAUCGGAUACGAGGUGAUGAUUUCAGCCGGGUUUUCCAAACCACCAAAGUUGUGCAAUUGUGAAUAAAAGUGUGUUUGUUGUUUCCUGUGCCUUCUUUCCGGUAGAACCGGUUGUUAAAUCGAAUCUCGCGGGGUGCCCGGUACGUGAUUUCCUCCAACCAGGGCGGGAAAACGGUUUGUGAAACGCCAUUCAAAGUGCGCACGUUUGCCAGCACGAGCUGGUGACGUCGUCGGGAGUGUGUUGCAACAACUCCACCACCACCCACCCACCUACAACGCGUGGUUGUAAUCGGUUUCGGGCACGUUGUACAUCCCAACCUGGCGGCGGUUCGGUUGCAUAAACUGUGGCGAGCCUCCCCAUCCAUCACCAAACAUCGCCAGAAAUUGAUCGUGAGUGGUGACUGUUAGAGAUGGUGGAUUUGGUCGAGUGGUCGAGAACGUAGAGAAACAGUGUGCUGUCCCCGAUAUGUGCCAAAGAAGAAGGUGGCGAGUGAUAAACGUUGCUCGAGCGUGGCCAUCGGCUUGAUUGAAGUGGAGAAACGGAACAGAUUCUAGCGACGGGAGAAGAAGUGAUCUAGAACAAAAGCAACCUAGGACGUGGCUGGACGGUUUCGCAUAUUAAGUUUCCCGAGACACACGAUCCCCACGAUACCAACCAUGUCGGAUAUCUGUGACUUUGAGUGGUCCAACAAUCGGUACCGCCACAAUCUGACCAUAUCGGAGCUGAAGAUGGGAUUCAAUCGGAACGAACCGACCGAUCGUAGCCGCGCACUGAUCGCACUGAAGGAGCUGAUCGGAGCGAGCCGAGAUUAUGCGCUCAAGGACAAAUCCUGCUUCCAGGAUGACGAGUUUCUGUUUCGCUUCCUGUACGCCCGCAAAUUCAACGUUAACGAGGCGUUCCAGCUGAUCAUCAACUACCACGCGUACCGACAGCGCAAUGCGGUACUGCUGCAGCGUUUGUCCGUGCUGGACGAGACGAUACAGAUUGCGCUCCGGGAUGGGUUCCCGGGUGUGUUGCCGAAUCGUGAUCGCCGGGGCCGCAAGGUGCUGGUGUUCUUUACCGCCAACUGGGAUUACGCGUCCUACUCUCUAGUCACGGUGUACCGGGCGAUGCUGCUGACGAUCGAGAAGCUGCUCGAGGAUAAACAGAACCAGGCCAACGGUUUCAUUGCCAUCGUCGAUUGGACCAACUUUACGUUCCGCCAGUCCUCGAACCUGAACCCGAAAGUGCUCAAACUGAUGAUUGAGGGACUACAGGAUUGCUUCCCGGUCAGGUUCAAGGCGAUUCACUUCAUCGGUCAACCCUGGUACGUCGAGGCGGCCCUAGCCGUCAUUCGGCCAUUCUUGAAGGAGAAAACACGCGAUCGGAUAAAGCUGCACGGCAGCAAUCUGUCCACGCUACACGAUUGUGUCGCACGCGACAUCCUUCCGACCGAGCUCGGUGGCGAAGGGCCAACGUUUAACCCGCUCAACUGGUACCACGAGCUCCUCGAAUCGAGUCAAACCGUCACCAAACCGGCCCCAUCGUACUGCCUAAGCCAGCCACAAAUCUAUACCAAAACGCCAGCCCAGUUUGUGCCCGGGGUCGGGGAGCACCGGAAAGGCGAUCUGUCCCCGGGGCACCCCUCACCGUCACCAUCACCACCCUCCUCACUCUCAUCGUCACACGGUACCGAGUUUCUGAAAGCGGCCACCAAAGCGGCCGCGGUUAAAAUCGGUGUCCUAACAGCGAAGGCAAACGAUCCGGCCACCAACACGCUGCUCGGUGUAACGACCGGUGCCGGGGGAUGCGAUUUGUGACGCACAACACCACGGAUCGGGGCGCCGGCAAAGGACUGGAUCGUUUCAGUGGCCACCAACAACGGCGGCGGUCACCAGCACUGCGCGAUGAUGAUCUCAUAUCAGGUACGGCAACAUUCAUGGUGGUAAAUCGCUCUCUUCCUCGGCGAUCGGUGAUCCCUAAUGGAGGCUGACAAAUCGGUAGCUCCAAUAGGGCUCCCCGGGCAGGUUGAAACGGUGACGCACAGGGUUUGAGAAAGUUGCUAGCUAAGGCGGUUACGCGAAAGAAAGGGAGUGAAAUCGUUCUUCCUAAAGCUUAAGCCGUUAGGACGGUUAGCGUUAAUCCAUUCCAUUACAUUCGCAAGAUAAGACAUGACAUGCCCCUUAACCCAUCAUCACCAUCUUCUGCUGGAAGAUAGGCUUCUUUACUACAACCUCCAUCGUUUAAUGGCGCACAAACUACCCUUUCCAGCUCUUGGGGAGGGACCUUGGAUCCGUUGGGUCAAGGUUGUGAGCGACAAUGUGAUGGGCAGGCAUGCUUCCGGAUCCAGUUCGCCUUCUACGAUCAUGACACGAUCCUUGUAUUUCUUCUCGAAUGGUAGACGGUGUACUUCUUCGCCAGGUGGCCGCUGGUCGAAUGGAAAUAGUCCAGCCCCAUGUGCUGAUUGUCGGUAGUUCCUUUUUCGUGUCAACGUUUGUUGUUGGUUACCGACGACGACGAUGACGACGACGCGUCGAGUCACAACAUGGCAAUGGCGCAUGGCGAUCGAGCCACGAUCAUUGCGGUCAGUAAUGUGACACCGUUGCAUUUGCGGUCGAUACCCAUGUUUGGUUGGACGGAGAAAGGCCACUAUAAGCUGAGGGCGCCGCCAGAUCAUGAACACCACCCGUCUGCUGCUUCAUGGCCAACUUGACUUACUUUCGACAGGUGUGUGCGCACUGCUGAGGCACCACGAAAGGGGAGUUUGCUGGGAAUAUAAGGGUUCGAUAAAAUGAGAAGCAUUUUUUGGGCAGCAUUGUGAAGCUUCAGAAUAUGAAACAGUUUUCAAAAGAUUUCAAGCUACUUGGCUAAGCGUGAUAAUAGAUUUUAAACCCACCUACUUCACUUUAUUGGGAAUAAAAUGUUCAACUUCCUUCGGCUUGGCAGUUUCGCUUACUUUGAUAAAUUUUCUUUCAACCUACAGUCAGUCUCAACACACGAUAACGCACCACCGGCAACCACAAACACUCGAAUAGGGGUCUAGGGACUAGGUUUCAUGCAUAUUUUACUGCGCGUCCGGUAGAGACCCCAGCCAGAGUGGAUUGUACCCCGGUUAUACAUAUGCUCCACAACCACAUCAACCCCCCCAUAUUAUUGCAUGAACUUUGCGGUCCAGCACGACACAACGGCUUCUACACAUGCAUGUGCUGCCACCCUCUUCGCCAUUCAACCCAUUGAGCAGGUGGCGCCAUUGAACACUGCUUGGCAUGUCCCUUACACAAACGAACCAUCGUUAAGCGACUACUACAUGCACGCACUCACAACACACACUGCGGGCACCUUGAUUGCGGAUAAUCGAUCGAUCGACGUCGUCGUCGUCGUUGUUGUCGCCGGUAGUCGUGGCUCGAUUCCUGUCGACGCAUUUUCCCCUCACAGACAUACACACAAAAGAAAGAAGGAUAGCAGGAAGAGUAAUGGCAGCAAUUAUGCCAGCAAAAGGGUGUGGAUAUUAAUUUCCAUUCGAACGGGAACGUCCAAAUAUCCCUGAUUGCAGUUGCACGGCCAGUAGCGCAUAACAGUUUCGUUUGCCCAGAAGGUUGCAAACUUAUGUAAAGAGAUCUUUAAUUAUUUCAUGAUCACCGAACAGUUCAGCAGCAAAUCCUCGCUUAGUGCCUUCCAUCUUUUUCCUGUGUUCACGUUUUUAAUGUUCAGUGUUCUCCUCUCGAGGAGCCUCACAUCUCUUGGCCGGACUACCUUGGCAUGCUUUACGAUGCUGCAUUUAAUUGCAUCCCGUGCAACGAUAAUUAUGGACCACGGAGACUCUGCGGAACCAGCACACAUACACUCGCAGAGCUGGCGGUACCACUCUUCCCUUUCCAAUGGCCAGAGUUCGCCGAGGUUGAUGUGACACUUUUCCACCUCAGUUCCUGGAGGCGGCAGCAUUCGACGGUUGGUACCAUCCAUUCGCUACUUUGUAUUGCACGUAUCCACCGAGCAUUGGCACUCGGUGUGGACACGGCAACCACGGCCACUAUCGAAGAUCUGGAAGUUGUACAGCAAGUAUCGUUUUAUAGAUCAGAGGGAAAUCAUUACUAUCUUUCAUCACAAACUUCAUUCAACAACAACUCAUCGAGAGGGUAAGACUUGUACGAUGGUGAUAUUUAGAAUCUAAUGGCAACAAAAACACCAAUCAACGUGAGGCCCAUCAUCGAACAUACCUUAUUAUCGAGAUCGAUAAACUAAUAUGCACGAGACGAAACAUACCUUUACUCUAUCGAAGCAGCUUUAAGCCAUUAGUUUAUGCGCCAAUAUCAUGAAUCACACAAACAAAGGGUGAGCAUGUGGAAUGAUGCAUGAUUUACUAAAGCACAACGGAGCAUAUUCAAGGCAAUGGAAUGAGCACAGAGAGUGUAAGUGCAAUGAAAUUGCAUUACGGUCCUAGAUAGAUUGUACAGAAACUAAACGGAAUCCAAAUCUGAGAACAGAAAGAGAGCAACGCGAUGGGAAGGGAUUAGUAAUAACGACGGCAAACAAAAAAUUCCCUCCCAUUCCAAAAGAAUAUUGAUGCCUUAGCAGCAGAUUGAGAUAACGGAGAUAUUGUGCAUGAGCGGGGAAAGCGGAAACAAGAAGAUUUCCUCUAAUGUUAAGCACCUAGGUUAAGGAUAUUCAUGAUAUUAGUUAGUUCUUGCUCCUUUCGCUCGCUUGCGGCUCGUUGCUCGUAAAAACUAACAGUAAAUCCGACCAGGACUGGGACCAGGUUAUUGGCAUGACUCGUAAGCGCGACUGCGUGUGUGGGAAGUGUGCAAAAGCGUUUUCUGCUUUUAAAUCAACAGUGAGUUUUGUGCCUUUUUCCGUCACAUCCACCUAAACGCACUCGUGCGUGCACGCCGGCGGGGUGGCGCUUUUCGAUUUGCGAUGAAGCAUGCGUGUUGUGUGGAAGGAUUUCGAGGAAGGAGGAGGAGGUGAGUUCUGUAUAAAUUGUGAAACCACUCGAAAUGCGCUGGAAGGAAAACGUGUGUGAAAGAGGGGCGAUCGUUUAAAAUGCAUUUGUAAAAUAAUUCUACCGAAAAAUAAAGCAAAAUUUAAGCAGAAAAGACGACGCUGUCGAUAGUAACUGUUUCACCUGGAUCGUGUUUUAUUCAUCGACCCCACCGCCUCCAUCCCAACCCACCGUAAUCCGAGGCUGUUUUCUGUGCAGAAAACAACAAGAAGAAAGAAAAAUCGGACAAAGACUCAAUAAAAC